CGGAUUUAAAAAGCGAACCUGUCACGUUCGCGUCAGCUGUCAAAACAAGUCGCGAGGUGCGGUUGAUGGCUGCUGAUGGCGUUGGCGUAACGAGAGCACACCACACCGAGGCGGCACGGCUGAGACACGGCAUGAGUAACGCGUGACAGUGGAGUCUCUCUCGCUGGCGAGGCUCGCGGCGGCAUCACACGCAUCAGGAGCCUGCACCAUGCAAGGAGCGGAGUGCACCAACGGAUAUGGCGGCGCGUCACCUGAACACGCGUCGGCCAGCGACAGCGAGGGCGAGGAAGCGAGCGCCGGCUCCGGCGGCGAAGGAGCCGUAGAACUCCUCGCUGAAGACUUGGAACUACCAGCGCGCGCCCUCGCCUCGCUCAACGCGCUACGCAAGUCACGACAACACUUCGACGUCCUACUCGUAGCUGGGGGCGAAGAAACGCCCGCACACAAAGCGGUGCUCGCUGCUGCGUCACCGUAUUUGUUAGAAACUUUAGCGGAGCCGUUACAUCGCGUAGCGGGGGUUGACGCGGCGUCGCUACGUGCGUUAGUAGAAUGGGCGUACACAGGAAGAUUAGUAGCAUCUGCUGGCGCUCCAGCGCGGAAGCUGUAUGAAGCUGCAUGGCGGCUGAGAGUAGAAGGAGCGAGAUUGGCGUUAGCGGAGAGGCUUGUGCGACGGGCGACGCCGCAGGAUGCGCUAGAGUUGAGAGCGCUGCCGGAUCUACCGCCGCAGCACAGGCAUCAUCUUGACACGUUUAUUGCUGCACAUUUCGACGAGAUCUGCGCCUCGGGCGCGCUAGCGGCUCUCCCUUCAGUAACCGCCGAGCUACUCCGGGAGUCCUCAGCCGAAGAUGGUGGCGAGGCCCCGCGUGCGGUCGCCGACGCGGCGCUCGUGUGGCUGAGGGAACGGUCAUUAGAUGAGGAGUUAUACUCCAGGACACAUCUAUUGUUCGUGGACGGAGGGGGAGAGUUGAAGGACUGUGGGGAGCUGCCGGCCGCGAGGACUGAUGCGCCGGAGCUACAGGAGUAUCGGCGUGAGGCCGUAGAGCGUCGACGCCGCGACCAAGGCAUCGGCGCCACAACGCCCAAACCGCUCGCAGGGGGCGAGCUUGGCGCCCGCGAGCGCGCUAAAGGCGCUGGCGGCGACUGCGCCGUAUUGGCCGCGAGGUCGCUCGGUCCGAGGGCUACACAAGCGUUGCUAGCGGUACACGGGAGAUUGGUGGCCGCUAGGGUGGCAUGGAGACCUGCGGGCGGACCGGUCGCGCGCGGCGGAAAGCUUGGACACACACAGGACGCCCCACCGGAACCGGAUGGCGAGAAGCGAGCGGAGCUGGCUGGUGGACGCUGCGCGCACGGCGCGGCCGCGCUCGGCCAGCGAUUGAUAGUUUGUGGCGGUUACGACCGCGCCCGCGUGCUCCGCAACUGCGAGGCGUACUGCCCGGCGACCAACGCGUGGUCGCCGCUGGCCGACAUGCGCGGCGCGCGCGCACGCUUCCCCGCCGCGGCGCUAGGGGGCAGGGUGUACGUGUUGGGAGGUUCUGACGGACAUAACGAGUUGGACUCGGUGGACGCUUUCGAAGAGGGCGGAGAGACCGGUUUGGGCAAGUGGAAGCCUCGCGCUCGGCUGCCGGGCGCGCGCUCGCACGCGGCGGCCGCGGCCGACCACGAGCGCGGCAUCCUGUACGUCGUGGGCGGCUGGGCCGGCGGACGGAGCCUCAAGGCUGUGCACAGAGACAGAGAGAGACAGGGAGAGACCGGUUUGGGCGAGUGGAAGCCUCGCGCUCGGCUGCCGGGCGCGCGCUCGCACGCGGCGGCCGCGGCCGACCACGAGCGCGGCAUCCUGUACGUCGUGGGCGGCUGGGCCGGCGGACGGAGCCUCAAGGCUGUGCACAGAGACAGAGAGAGACAGGGAGAGACCGGUUUGGGCGAGUGGAAGCCUCGCGCUCGGCUGCCGGGCGCGCGCUCGCACGCGGCGGCCGCGGCCGACCACGAGCGCGGCAUCCUGUACGUCGUGGGCGGCUGGGCCGGCGGACGGAGCCUCAAGGCUGUGCACAGAGACAGAGAGAGACAGGGAGAGACCGGUUUGGGCGAGUGGAAGCCUCGCGCUCGGCUGCCGGGCGCGCGCUCGCACGCGGCGGCCGCGGCCGACCACGAGCGCGGCAUCCUGUACGUCGUGGGCGGCUGGGCCGGCGGACGGAGCCUCAAGGCUGUGCACAGAUACGAUCCGGCCACGGACUCGUGGUCAGACGGCCGCCCCCUGACCACUGGGCGGUCGCAGUGCUGCGCCGUGCCGUGGCGCGGCUCGCUCUGGGCGCUAGGCGGCUGCGACGCCUGGCGCUGUCUCGCUUCCACGGAACUACUGUCUCUAGAGGACCCCGAGGCUGGUUGGACCGCCGGCCCGCUGCUGCCUUCAGCGCGGCGUUCGAUGGGCGGCUGCGCUUGGCGAGGCCGACUAGUGGUCGCGGGAGGGUCUGACGGCGCGGCCUCCUUGCGCCGCGUGGAUUGGUUGCUGCCGGGCGCCGAGCCUGCAGGGGGCAGAUGGGAGGCGGGCCCUAUGCUGCGGCGCGCGCGCGCGGGGCUCGGCGUGGCGGAGCUCGGCGGCGCGCUGUACGCGGCCGGGGGGUUCUCGGGCCGCGAGUUCCUGGCCUGCGUCGAGUGGCUGCCCCGCCCCGACGCCGAGUGGACCAUGCUGGCCGACCCGCCCCUGGUGGCGCGUACCCUGAGUGAGCCGAACCCGCCUAGCGAGUCCCCGUCACCUGUGUGCCGCGCGCUCAGCGAGCAGCACCCGCCGAGCGGGGCCGACCGGCCAGAAGAAAACGGACAGAACGAAGCGACCGCGCAUAACUAGCCAUCGUGUCGUCCUUCUCACUGCAGUAACGAGUGACGGAGACGACGUAAAAACACGCUUCCGCAUCAAGCAAUGAGUAUUAUUAGGAUCCUCUUCAGACCACAGACAACUGAGUUAUUGUAUGAUACGAAGAUUUCGUGGACGUUU